AUGCCGACCACCUUUGAGCGGAAUCUUACUCUCUGUUUCAACAAAAUUAAACGCCUCCAAUCUUCCCCCAGUCCUCCGCCACCUCGCCAUCACCACCGCCGCCACCACUCCGAAAGCAUCCUCCACAAUCCCAAAUCAAAUCUAAUAAAAAACUUCAACACCCUUUAUGACAUUCCCCCAGCCUACGAUUCCGACGACGCAUCAAAGACCACCGCCACCAUCGCCAACGCCAGCGCCGCCGCUGAUUUCUCCUCCGUCAUCGCAUCCAAUCGUUUCUUCUUCUCCUCCCCCGGCCGAUCAAAUUCCAUCAUCGAAUCAUCUUCCCCCUCCACCUCCUCCCUAGCCUCCACCUCCUCCACUUUAGAAAUCCCCCCGGAAGACGUCACCGACGGUUUCGUCGGCGGAGGCGUUGCCAUUCCGACGAUCUCACCGGACCCGUACUUUGAUUUCCGUAAAUCGAUGCAGGAGAUGGUGGAAGCACGUGACCUCAUCGAUGUACGUGCCAACUGGGAUUACUUGCACGAGCUACUCACGUGCUACCUUGACUUGAACCCGAAAAGUGCUCACAAGUUCAUCGUCGGAGCUUUUGCGGAUCUUCUCGUUACUCUCAUGGCCUCCUCCGCCGCGGAAGGCGGAGGUUGCCGGAAUCUAUAA